AUGGCAUCUAAAGAAAAGGUUAUCGUAAAAAUCGAAGAAGAUAUCCGAAUAUCAAUACACAGGCAAAUAGAUCUGUUUCUUCAAGACGAGAAUCAGCUGGAAUACGAUUUUCCAUCAGAUCUAACCAAUCAACAUCGUGCGUACAUUCACGAAUACGUGCGGAACAAGCAAUUGAAAUCAAGAUCCCACGGAAAAGGGGAAAACAGAUACUUGACCAUAUGCAAGACAGGUUUGCCGGAUGUUACACACGAUGAUGCUGUGCUAAAUGUAACACUGGAAUCAGGUCUGAUGCUAGACAGAAUCGAGAAGUCAUACAGCGCGUUUCGUAACUCUUGCAAGCGUUUGGGAAAAGUAAAGCCUCUACAAUCACAUUCCAUCAAUGUUACUUCGGUCUCGCCUUCAAUUCCACCACUGCCGACUGGUUGCACGGAGAUACAAGCCAUCCGUAAGCGAUUGCCUAUAGCGCAGUUCCACGAGGAAAUACUAAAGUGUAUACAACAAAAUCAAGUCAUUAUAAUAUCAGGAAAUACUGGGUCUGGCAAAACUACACAAGUUCCUCAGUAUAUUUUAGAAGAGGCUGCACAAACAAACCAACCCUGUCGGAUCAUUUGCACGCAACCAAGACGCAUCAGUGCAAUCACAGUAUCGGAACGAGUAUGUUACGAAAGGAAUGAACAGUUGGGCGAUACGGUGGGUUAUCAAAUUCGAUUGGAAAGUCGAGUAAAACCCACCACGAACGCAUUAUUUUGUACCAACGGUGUGUUGCUUCGAUGUUUGAUGGGUAAAGGGUGUUCAAACUUUCUGAAAAAUGUUACACACAUUAUUAUUGAUGAAGUUCACGAACGAGAUCAAUAUUCCGAUUUUCUACUGAUAGCUUUGAAGGACAAUUUGUCGAAAAAUCCGCACCUUAACAUUAUUCUGAUGUCUGCCACUAUAGAGUCAGACACAUUUUCGACAUAUUUUGACAACUGUCCAGUUAUUGAGAUACCUGGCAGAUUGUUUCCUAUAGAAAUUGUUUUUCUUGAAGAUGUUUUGUUUAACAUAGAAACCGGUAACCAUAAUGUACGCGAUACUCGGAUGAGGAUAAUGAAAAAUUCGGUAGGCCAAUUUGGCGAACGAUUUAAACCGAUAACAGACAAUAUCGACGAUGAAACUAUAUUAUUGAUGAACGAUAUUUUGGAGAUAUGUUGGAUAGAAAACAAUCCCAAUGAUUUUCGUAACUUUUUUGUACUGAUCGAGGAGGAAAACAUUCCAAUCGACUUUCAGCAUACCGAAACACAAAUGACUGCACUAAUGAUUGCAGCUGCGAAAGAUUAUACAGCAAUCGUGCAAACGCUGCUGGAUAUGGGAGCGGAUCCUAACAUAAAAGAAAAGAAUAACUACAACGCGUGCGAUUGGGCUUGCUUUGUAAAUGGAAGUGGCAAAUGUUCUGAUCUGCUGAAACAAGCGAUGGGGGAAACCGAUUUACCAACAAUGCCCAUUACGACGCUGGCACCGAACGACGCCAAACUAUUGUUGGAUGCAUAUCAUACUUCCGUCGGUGACGAUAGAAUCGAUCAUAAUUUAAUCUUCGAAAUUAUCAUGUACAUCUGCCACCAAAAAUCAGAAGGGGGCAUACUGGUAUUUUUGCCCGGUUACGACGACAUACAGGAGCAGUACGGGUUGCUAUGUAGCAAAGCGUCGAAUUUGCACUGCAUAGAAAUAUUAAUGCUACACAGUAAAAUGCAAACGACCGAUCAGCAUUCCGUGUUCAAGCCCGUGCCUUCGGGAGUACGCAAAAUAAUUCUCUCGACCAAUAUUGCUGAAACGUCCAUAACGAUGGAUGACGUGGUGUACGUGAUCGAUAGUGGCAAGGUGAAGCAAAAAUAUUAUGACUCGCUUACAUCUACCAGUUCAUUAGACGCUACAUGGAUAUCGCAGGCAUGCGCCACACAACGUGCUGGCCGCGCUGGACGUACGAGACCGGGGACCUGUUUCCGGUUGUACAGCAGAACGCGCCACUGUGCAAUGGAUCAGUAUACGUUGCCGGAAAUAUUGCGUGUCCCGCUUACAGAAAUAUGCUUGCAAACAGCAAUGAUAAUGAAGGAUGCAUCCAUACAGGAGUUUCUAAAUAAGGCAAUAACGCCACCGGCAGCAAUGAGCAUCAAGCAGAGCAUAAAAUAUCUCCAAAAAGUAGGAGCGUUGGAUGACGACGAAAAUGUAACCGAUCUUGGAUACACACUAGCGGAGUUGCCUGUCGACGCAAGGUUGGGAAAAAUGCUGCUAUACGGUAUAUUGAUGAAAUGUUACGAGUCUGUAUUGUUGAUUGUUUGCAUCUUGAGCGUUAACGAUCUUUUCGUGAUACCUCCAUUUGCCGGCGAUAAGGAUACGGCGAAAAAAAUGCGUCGUGAUUUGUCAGACAAUUCGUAUAGCGAUUGCUACUCGUUAAUUCGUGCUUAUCAACGUUGGUCGGGCACUCGUUCUAUGCACAAACGCAAAGAAUUGUGCAAUCGAUUGUUCUUAAAUCAUGGCAAGCUAUUAAUGGUGCAUGAUUUGCGUAAAAAACUUCACGGACAUUUGUGUACGAUCGGAAUGGUUAAAUCUUACGAGCCAAGUAGUGCAAAAGAGCUAAAUGUAUAUGCCUAUAACUGGAGCUUGGUGAAAGGUAUACUACUCGUAGGGCUGUACCCGAACGUGUGUUAUUUGGAAAAGUAUUCAAAAACCUUGAAAACACGCUUUGAGAAAAAAAUUUUUAUCCACCCGUCGUCAGUGGUAGGUGCGAAUAUGACCAAAAAGGCCAAAGUUCAGAAUAAUGCACUUUCGCUACCAAGUAAGUGGAUGACGUUUGAGGAAAAAUGUAAAACGGUUAGAGGAUCCAUGAUCCGGUGCAACACGGUCGUAUCACCGAUAACUAUAGCAAUUUUUGCCGGACCAUUUUCACUAGAUGAAACAGAGUGUAUCGUAAGACAUGAAGACGAGAAAGGUCAGAAACAGUGCCGAAUAGCGAUCGAUGAUUGGAUUCAUUUGACGGCAAAGGAAAAAGUUGCGAAGUCCGUACUGCACGUUCGACAAGCGUUAAAUGAGCUUUUUCUAAAAUUUAUUGAAAAUCCCAGAGCCCAUCAAAUGAAUUUGGAUGAGCUCAAAAUGUUAGAUUAUUUGGGCAGAAUACUUGCUGCGGAGGAUGCGUCCAUACAUGUGACAAAUCAGUUACCAGAUUUUGCAAAACCUGUUAAUAUGCAACGGGAACCAUCGAGCGGAUAUCAACGAAAGAGAUAA